CCCAAAUUUAAAACCAUAUGUUCUUUUCUCUUUGUAACUUUUAUAUUGUUUUACACUUUCGGUUAUAAAAGUGGCAUCUAUAUAUCUUCAUAUUCAAAACCAUGAUCAACUGCUCCUUCUAAGCUUUUAACUUCUAUAGCUCUUUUUUUUUCAGUUCAGAUUUACACCAUUUUAUAUAAAAUAUCAUGUCUUCCAUUGAAGAUGUGAAGCACUUGCAGAUUCCUCUCCAAGAAUUAUCAGAUGCGACUAACGCAUUUUCUGAAGCGAAUUUUCUUGCAAGGGGUGGAUUUGGGAUGGUCUACAAAGGCGUAUCUGCUAAACAUGGCAACAUCGCCAUAAAGAUAUUGGAUCCUGGGCUAGGCCAAGGAGACAAGGAAUUCCGAACAGAGAUCGCUUUACUCUCGGUUUAUAAACAUGAAAAUAUCGUCUCACUUCUUGGAUUUUGUGACGAGGAUGGGAAGAAGAUACUUGUUUACAAGUAUGAAAGCAAUGGGAGUCUAGACAAACAUUUGGAGCGCAAAGAUCUAACUUGGAUCCAAAGGCUUCAGAUUUGUCUAGAUGCUGCUCGUGGAUUGCAGUAUCUUCAUGAUGAUGUUGAACCUCAUCGUAGGAUUCUCCAUCGUGACGUCAAAAGCUCCAACAUUCUUUUGGAUGAGAACUGGAAAGCUAAAGUCUCUGAUUUUGGGUUGUCCAAAAUGGGUCCAACGAAUACUCAGUCUACCUAUCUAGUCACUAGAGUGUGUGGCACGCCUGGAUAUAUUGAUCCAGACUACCUGAAUACCGGUUUUCUCACACAAAAAUCUGAUGUUUACUCUUUUGGAGUAGUGUUGUUUGAGGUUCUAUGUGGAAGGCUAUCACGUGUUACAAAGUACAACGACAAGCGUGAAUAUUUGAUUAAUUUGGUCAAAAUACAUCGCGGAAGGAAAACAUUAGAUGAGAUCAUUGAUUCCAAUAUACGGAAACAGAUAAAGAAGGCUUCGUUAGUUACGUUUUCAAGCAUUGCCUACCAAUGUUUGAAAAGCGGAAAUGAACGUCCAACAAUGAAGAAGGUCGUGAAACAACUACAGAAAGCUCUUGAUGAACAACUACUUGACGGUGAUGGUAAACGCUUGAAGACUUUGGCGCUUGAAAAUGAGAACCCAGAAUCUAAACCAAAAGUUGAAAGAAGUACAAGCAAGAAAACAAAAAACAGUGUAAAACUACCGGAACCACCCAAACAAGAUUACAUUCAUGUUAGAGCAAGAAGAGGUCAGGCCACUGGAAGCCACAGUCAAGCAGAAAGGGUUAGAAGAGAGAAGAUAGAAGAAAGAAUGAAAAUUCUUCAAGAUCUUGUCCCUGGUGGUAAUAAGGUUACUGGGAAAGCACCAUUGCUUGAUGAGACAAUUAACUACAUUCAAUCACUACAGCAACAGGUCGAGUUUGGUCAACAAUCGUUCGACAUGGUUGAGGUGUCGUUUGCUUCACAACCCACAAGGGAAUAUAGUAACGGAUCAUCACUAGAAUGGUUGCGCAUGAAAAUCGGUGGCAUCGCUGAAAGAACAACAAUAUUUCAUCAAUGGCAAUAAAUACUCACUAAAAGAGGCCAUGAAAUAGGUAGACUUUGAUAUCUAAAUUGAGCUAAUGAUUUGGAGAUUACCGGAAAGAAAAGGCUAUAUAUGUUUAAACUAAAUAUAUAUCCAUAUUUUCGUUUUACAAGAUGAAUGUGUGUAUGUAAGCAUGUAUUUUUUUUUUUUGCUAAUAUGUCUGUUUACUCGCAAACAACUUG